AAAAGCAAAGAGCAUAUAAUUGAGUGUAAAAUAGUUGUGUAAAUGCAAUGAUUAAUGCAUUUAAUGAUAUGUAUUGAAAAAUGGCUCAAUUGUUGUGUUAAUCAAUGUUUUGGUUUCAAUCAAAUUGUUUACCAAAAAAUAUUUGACACAACUUUUGAAUUGCAAUUUAAUUUGAUUAUCGCAGUUGUCGUCAACCAAAUGAUGUCCACAUUAUUGUAGUUAUCGACGGAUUCAUUGAGUGAUCUAUUGAAUCGAUCGAUAGCUUUGAAAGUGUUUUUUUUGUCACAGAAAUUGAUUUCUCCGUUUGUGUCAGUCAUGUAUCCGAUGACUGCAUCCAAGUGUCUGUCUUUAGUACUGUUGGUCACAUUGUUUGUCUGUUUCGUCGACAGCAAACAGUCCGUCAAUGAGAUCCACUCAUCACAAGACAUCCACUUUGAUGAUGACGACGACGACGACAUCAACGAUGACAAGGACUUUGAUUUUGAUGAUAAAAAAUCGAUAUCAAAGCAAACUUUGAACCGCGAUUUGAAGCAAAUGUACAAUUGGUGGACUGUUGAAGACAUUUGCAAAGAUGUCAAAUGCAAGCCCUGGCAGUAUUGUGUGAUUAAAGGCAAAGGUGUAGCCGUUUGUGUCACCAAAAAGGACGCCAAGAAUGGCAAAAAAGUGGAGAAAGAUCCGUUUGUCGAGAAAUUAGCCAAAAGUAAACAAACUAUUGACUCGUCAAUCGAUGACGAAGAUGAUGACGAAGAAGACGAUUACGAAGAGGACAUUGAAGACAAAAGUAAUUACAGUAAAUUGUCGGACGACACUAAUCCGCUCAAACAGUGUACGCCCUGUCCAGUGGUUCGGCCGGAGUUUAUUUGCGGUUCAGACAACGCAACCUAUUCAUCCAAAUGUCGACUUGAUUUCCAUAACUGUGUCCAUCGGACUCGGAUUACACUUCAGUGCAACGGUUUCUGUCCGUGCAAUAAAAAGUCUUUUUCCAAGAAGUAUAAGAACGACAACAAGAAAUGGUUGGAAACUACUCGCAAAACUGGCAAAGACUUUGAUAACAAUAAUUUAAAAAAUACAAAAUUACGAGAAAUUAAAAAAUCUAAUAAUAAUAAGGAAAAAGAUUUUAAUCAAAAUGAUUGGCAAAAACAGAAGAAACCAAAGUUAUAUUAUAAACAACAAAACAAAUUCAAGAAAUCAGAUGACAAGGAUAGUAGAAACUCGGUGUUACCAAACAAACACUGGGAUAAAGCGUCGACAAUAAUUGAGCACAAGAAGUGUUCAGCCGAUGAGCUCAAAAGUAUGGGUUCGCGACUACUCGAUUGGUUCAGUGUUGUCAUCGCUGAACAAAAGAAGGAUCAUUCGGCGAUGAGCCGCAAACACUCGGCCUUUAAAAUACCCGAUUGUCAGCCACAGGUCUCCUAUAUGUUUCACCACUUUGACACAAACGGCGAUUUAAAGUUAUCACUCAAAGAGUUGUAUUACUUAGAACACGACCAGAACGAGCAUUGUCUUCAACCAUACUUAACACAAUGCGAUGAAGACAAUGACCAGUUCCUCAGCGCUUACGAGUGGUGCACAUGUUUUGACAGAAAAAGUCAGCCUUGUUUACAUGCAUUAAAACAUAUGAAAAAAGGAUUGUUAGGCGCUUACACCCCUCAGUGUGAUAUCCAAGGCUUUUAUAAGCCAAUGCAAUGUCACUCGAGUUCGGGUAUGUGUUGGUGUGUCGAUAAAAAUGGCGUCGAAUUUACUAAUACUAGACGAAGAGGUUUACCCGAUUGUAAAGGAUUGCUGAACAGAGCCCGUCACAGAACUAUUGAUGCAUUGGAAAGUCGUGAAGACAUUGACGUCGACGACGAUGGCGAUGAUGAUGACGACAACGGUGGCUCCGGUGACGAUCGCAUUAGUCUUUAGAUAAUAUCACUCAAUAUAAGUUGAAUAAGUGGUAGUAUUUUAUUUGUCUCAAUUCAUUCCAAUAAUAAUUCGACAAUUUUUAUUAAAAAUUAUAAUAUUAAUAUUUACAACAAUAUUAUGGUAUUAAUUACCAGUAUUUAAUUCAAUUGAAUAGUUAUAGAGCGAAAUCGAUGUCUUUAUUGUUUAUUAGUAACAAAAAAAUUUACUUAAAUACUCAUAUCAUUGUUUGUAUGUAUGAUUUAAUCUAAUAGAUGACUGUUAUUAUCUUUUUUGGGACCAAACUUUUUUUAUGGGCCCAUAAAAGGUAAUAGUUUUUGCCAAAAUUUCACAAACCAUUUGCUAAAAAACCUAUUGCCAUAAUAUUGCAUAACAAAAGUUAUGUUUUUAAACCAUAACCACAAAUAUAUUGUUGCCAUAAAUUGUAUUACUUUUAUAUACAUUAAUCCGGUUUUGGUUUAUUAUAAUCUUAUUUUGGAUAAUAUGUUAUUUUUUAUAAUCAUAUAUAGAUAUCAUAUAUUUUAAUUUUUUAUGUA